CAAGACUUGAAACCUGGAAUUUCCGCAUGCAUCAUUUCCCACUCCACAGUCUGGCACUGCACUGCGUGUAAGCCUGCCCCGGUUCUGCCUCCUUAGUAUUCUUCACGAAACAAAGAGCCUGAGUCCUGUGUUCGCCAUUGCUCAGCUCUAUACUUAGCUGCUCUCUGCCUUCAACAUGCACUCUCCGGCUGGGCGAUACUCCUGCCCUGUUUCAAGUGGACUGCCUCUCUUCAACUUCACCGUCCUCUUUGUCUAGCCGGGUCCUUUACCGCCCAGCGACCUCUGCUGCCUUUCGAUGCAUCUCUACCUUCCCAACCCACUCUCUCCCUUCAAGAACAAUGCCGAUCUCCAUAUUUGCUCCUAUUCAAUACCUCUCCAGCCUCGUCAAACCCAUAAAUACGCCGACUUCCGACUCGCAGAAUACGCCAGGCCUCACCGCCCGAGGGAACGAAGCCGACACUAUUGUCGUUGACAGUCAAAGUCCCAGCUCGACUGCAAUACUCGGCCCUGUGGAGAGAAAGCGCAGUGUGGAGGAAGACAGGGAUGAGGGACCUCCAAGGAAACGUGCGAUGACCGAAGAUCGAGUGGCCUUCCUCCCUCAUGACGACAAGGCAGGCUCUCUGCAACACCCAGGGGUUUCGAGUUUCUUAGGAAGGGACAACAGUACACGAGCGCGGUCAGAGAUAGAUCGAAUAUUGAUGCCACCUCCCGCUACACCCCGCCGAGUUGCAAAUCUGAGGACCCGUCCACGCGGGGAAGCAAAGUCGAAGCCAGAUAUGGCCUGGCGUGAGAACGAUGCAGUAUCAAUCUCGUCUUCUGUCGUGACAAGGAGGAGGAUAGAAGGCAUGGAUGACCAUUCUAUGGAAGAAGCGAGAAGACAUGCUGCCGCCAUUCGACUGCCCCCUAAUUCCGGAAUCUGGUCUCAGGCGGAGCGUGAGCUCUUCUUUCACCUGGCUUAUCGAGGCUUCGAACCGCUAUUGCCUGAAAACUGGAUGCUCGAUUUUGACACCUUGCCCAUCAGCCUGUUCGCGCAGGGGGAUGCCACGGAUACACCACUGAUUCACAACGUACGAGGCAAUCAAUUUCGGGCUUGCCGUGCUCUUCGUCAACUCUUGGAAGCUGGCCAUGACGUCCGGGAUCGUACCCAUGUCAGCCCCGGCGCCAAAAGAGAGAAGAUUCUCGAGCGGGUGUUGGUAAGGUACCUCCACUGGGCGUUGGCGGAUGUAGGUCUGCGAUCAUCAAACUCUAAUUACGUACCUGUCCACGUGAUCAUCACGAAGCGUGGUGGUCGCUCUACCUUGGAAACCCUCGAGGAAGUAGCCACGAAGCUGCAUGCACUCUCCCAACGGCACCGACAGCCUGUCGUUGCGCAACCCAGCAUUGAGGUGGACGACCAGAGCAUUGCAGAGAUCGACCAGACUAGAGUGGUUGUUGACGACGAAACGUUACCCACCCUGUUCGGCUUGGUGAUUAUUUCUUCCGUCAUUGCAAUUGUCACACUUAGUCCUUUCUCUCCUAUACCAUCUCAGUCACCAAUCCGUCAGACUGCUUCGCCACCAGAUUCCGACCCAGGUCCUCACUCUUCUCACCUGCCAGAUUUCAACCCUGACAGGUUGCGAAUCAUCGCAGAACUGGACUUUAGCCAGAAAGAUCAAGAUGUCUGGAAUGCCCUUGGCAUAGCCAUCGUGGCGAUGCAGGUCCGGCGAGAAGCUUUGAAGGCCAACUUGGGCGUGUCCCACCAUGAUCUCGAAGCACUAGGGGAUGAAUCAAUGUCGAUCGAUGGCUCUAUGCUAGAUGGGCUAGAUGAAACGUUCGGCAGUUUCUCUAGACUGGGCAUGGAGGACGAUCCAGAUCUGUGAGUUAAGAUGCCAUUCUCUGCGAUUGCCAGUGUACAGAGGCUGUUGUUGCAAGAGCAAGAAGAUCUUGUACCGCUUGAUAUCAAAGACACAGUAGAAGAGGCGAACGAAGUUCGUUCUACUGUACGGACUGGUCAAAGGCUGCAAUGUCGGUGGAUCGUCUACAUUCCCCUACCAUAGGCUUGGAGUGAAAGCGAUAGUGAGAUCGGCGCCAGCAUCGCGGUUCAAGUGGGAAAGACCUCUCUCGAGACCGAUUACCCUUUUUCUUUUGUUAAAGCGGAGAUACCCAAUACAGUUAUUAGUAGGUAGUUAAUGUCCAAAUUCCUUUCGGUCGAA